AUGGAGCAGACCACGGCCUCGGAGGUCAAUUGGGCCGAGGAAGCAUCACGUGACAACUCCGUGCUGCGGGACCAGAUGAUAGCCAAAUGCAGCGAACAAGCCAAUCCGUUCAGCAUGCCCAUGCUCGGGAUCUGCUCCAAGGAGCUCAGGAGGUUCGCCGCCGCCUACGGCCAGGCCGCCCCGGCCGCCUUACGGGCGCCGUUCGCGGCCUGGCCGCCCCCGGGCUUCGCUACGGAGAGAGGCCAGGCGGCGCGGCGCCUGCUGGCCGUGGGCGGCGCCCUCGACGCCGGGCCGGGCCGGGCCGGCCCGAGGCGCAGCGGCCCCGAGCUCGAGGUGGUCCCCGAGAGCCCCGCUGCUGCCCGCGGGGCCGCGGCCGCGGGAGGCGCCGCGGACGAGUGCUCCGACGGCGCCGCUCAGGGCAGGCGGCCGCCGCCGCUCUGCCCGGAGCUGGACGUCGACGUGCUGGAGAGGGAGAUGUUCGCCAUCAUGGCCAGCAACAACGCCCUGGAGGCGGCGCUCGCGCUCAAGCGGCGGCCCGACACCGAGGACACCGAGCAGUGGCCGAGCAGCCCCUCGAGGGGCAGCGGCGAGGGCGAGGCCGGCCCGUGCACCAGCGGGCCCUGCCGGGAGCUGCGCGCGGGCCUGGAGGCGCGGCUGCGGGCCGCGGAGGCGGAGGCCCGCCGCGCCGCGGAGGCCUGCGCCGCGCAGCUGCGGCGGGCCGAGGAGGACUACGCCGAGAAGUUCCGGCAGGUCCGCGAGGUCUGCCAGCAGCUCGCCGGGCAGAUCCACGGCGCGGAGGAUCGCGGGCCGCCAGGGCCGAGCUCUGCGAGGCGCGCACCCUCGAGGACUGCGCCGCCCGCCGCGGGCGGCUGGACGCCGAGGGCUCGCAGACGCACCGCCAGGGCGCCAACCUCUCGCCGCCCGCCAGCCAGCCGAGGGCUGAGGCGGCUCACCCCGCCGCCCCUGCCGCCGGAGAGCGGAGGCCGCGGAGCAGCUCGCGAGGCUCCAGCGGCGGCUGCACCAGGAUCAGGAGGGGAAAGAACACACAGGCACAAGGAAUCGUCGAUUCCCAGGGAAAGAUGGGAGAAUGUGGGAAGUGGGGGGGGGAAGACAAAAUCCCAGAACAUAUGCGAAGAUAUAGGGGGAUCCUGUUGUUUGCGCGUGUGGUCUCCCAGGGCCCCUUCACAGGAGGAGGGCGAGUGCUCCCGCUGGCGGCGGAUGGUCCUCGAGGAGCAGCGGAGGAACGCCGAGCUGCAGGCCGAGCUGCAGGCCGAGCUGCAGGCGCGGCGCGCCGAGCGCGAGUCGCGGCGGAGCACGCCGCAGCAAGCUGCGCGGGGGGGGGGGGGUCAGAGGAGGAGCAGGCACCGACCCGGCUGCUCGUCGGUCGCGGAAGAGAGGUGGGUAUUUCUGGGUUCCCGGAUCCCGGUCCGCCGUGGGUUCCUUUCCUGCUGCAGCGGUCGAGUGCUCUUUCGUUUUCCUUCCUCUUCAGGGGUCGGGCG